AUGGCUGCCGCAGUGCUUUCACCUCCCUCGGUGCACCAGCAAAACGUCUUGCAAGCCUAUGAACAGGUACCUGAAACCAAAUACGAUCUCGAAUGGGCGGAUCUAGUGACACUCGACCUGUCUAAAUUUGAUGCCCCUGGCGGAAAAGAGGCAUUGGCCAAGCAGCUUUUUGAUGCCAUCCAGAACAUCGGAUUCUUCUAUAUUGUCAACUUUGGACUGACUCAAGAAGAGGUCGAUCGCCAAUUUGGUAUCGGCAAACAGCUCUUCGAGCUGCCAACUUCAGAAAAGCUGAAGUAUCGCGCUGACCUAGAGCACGGUGGUUACAACGGCUAUAAGCCCCUAGGACUCCGCGAAGUAAGACCAGGCAUUUUCGACAACACCGAGAUCUACAACAUACCAAAGUUCAUCCCAGAGCUCGAACGCUCCCAUCCUUCGAUCGUCAACUCCAACAAGGAUGAAAUCGAGUACUUCGCUCGACACAUCCACUCAGAGAUCGUGUUGAAGCUCUUAACGCUAUUCGCGAUCAUUCUCGAGCUCCCUGAGGACUAUUUCACCGCUCGACACAGAUACGACGAGGCGGUCUCUGAUUGCCAUCUGCGAUACAUGAAGUAUCAUCACCGAGACGCUGCCACAAACGCGAAGCUGGACGACAUCUGGGUAAAGGGGCAUACCGAUUUCGGGAGUCUCACUCUGCUGUUCCGCCAGCCCGUCGCCGCUCUGCAAGUACGCGGACCCGAUGGAGGCUGGAAAUGGGUCAAGCCCCAUGAUGGCAGCAUCACAGUGAACAUUGCAGAUGCGCUACAGUUCCUGACGAAUGGCUUUCUCAAGAGCUCGAUUCAUCGGGUCGUCGCGCCUCCCGCUGAUCAGGCGAACAUCGACCGCCUAGGAGUCCUAUAUUUUGUUCGUCCUGAGAACGACCUGGAAUUGAAGCCGGUGCAGAGUAGUGUGCUCGAUAAGCUUGGAUACAAACCCGAUGAGGAGAACCAACUUGCGGAAGGUAUCACUGCUGGCGAGUGGGUCAAGGCCCGCGUAAAGGCAGGAGUCAAUAAAAGCCAGUCCGCCCGCAGUGAGAUCAAAGAGCAGGAGAUCUUGAAGGGAGUGAAAGCCAAGUACUACGAUUAG